GCUUCUUCAUCAUCGUCAUCAUCAUCACUGCCUGUCAAGUCAGAUGUGAACUGGAAAUUGUAUCAUUCUGACUAGAGAAUCCAGCGCACCGCUCCUGAUUGGCUGGAAAUGACAUCAUAGCAGGUUUACCAGUGAUGAUCAGGCUUUCCUUGCAGGCACAUUGUUUUUCUUCACUACACCCCCCAGCCUUGUCUUUUCAGUCCCACUUUGUCGCUCAGCAAAGGAUUUUGGUGCACCUUUUGUGAACAAUUCCCAGUAUACAUUCUUUUUUUGUCCUUCCUGUCUCUGUUAAUCAGUUGCAGGACCUCGUUUGCUGCAUCCUUUGCUCUGUUGCCAUGUGGAAAACCCUGUAUGCGUGCACACGAAUCUCCACCUAACAGACAGCUGGAUGACAUCAUCGCUAUAGCACUGCCGUCUCCCCUCCCCCUGCGGCCCCCUUCAGUGAUCACAUCCAACAUAUACACAACCCAAUGCUCAGCUCCAGCUUAUAUGGGACCAGAGCAACAGAUGGGCCAUUGACAGACUGUUCAAACAGGCCCGGUCUGCCCAAGUCCAGGCGAGCAUGCUGGCAAGGUUGCUGUGUCAUAGUCAUCAACGAGACCUCAGCCAUGACUUUCAACAAAGAGUUAACCACCCCCUAUCUGCACUCCCAGCCAUUCCAGCCCAUCAGGAGCCUGCAUCCCUUUCGACCAAUCACGGUGCUGGGAGGUGAUGUCAUGCUUUAUCUAGCAGAGGUGGUGCUGAUGCUGCCAGGUUGAGCAUCCAAACAGCAGCAGACUGUCGGACUGAACGUGAGGGAAGGACUCCGACAGAAGAUCACAGCACUCUGUUGGUGAGUUAAGGAUCAGCUCAGUUUGAAACGCCUCAGAGGACUCAGAAAAAGGAAAGAUGACUCUUGCAGCAUACAGAGAGAAGAUGAAGGAGCUCCCUCUAGUGUCUUUCUUCUGCUCCUGCAUCCUACCAAAGCCUCAGGAAAAGCCCACCAAGAAAACACAAGAUGUUGUGGACCUCAACCUGGGCAUUAUUAAAGACAUGGAGGUGAUUGAGUUAAACAAGAGGUCAUCGGGCCAGGCCUUUGAGGUCAUCCUCAGACCUCCAUCUUUUGACGGUCAGAGGGAAUUCCAUCCCACUUUCCCACCUCGCAGCGACCCCUCCCUGGAGGAGAUCCAGAAGAAACUGGAUGCAGCUGAGGAGAGGAGAAAAUGUCAGGAAGCUGAACUUCUGAAGCACUUGGCUGAACAGAGAGAACAUGAACGAGAGGUGGCCCAGAAAGCCAUGGAAGAACACAACAACUUCAUCAAGAUGGCCAAAGAAAAGCUGGAGCAAAGAAUGGAGAUUAACAAAGAGAACCGGGAGGCCCACAUCUUUGCCAUGCUGGAACGUCUUCAGGAGAAGGACAAGCAUGCUGAGGAGGUGAGGAAAAACAAGGAACAGAUGGAACUGGGUUGGCAGUAGAAUGGCAUGAAUCAAUAGCAUUUCUUGUCCAGAAUGUUCAAGAAAAAACAACCAAAUAAUGCAUAGUGGGUCCUAGUCAUGCAAAGAAAGGCUGUGUUUUGGUAUUGGCAAAGAUUCAAAGGCCUCUCAUAUGAUAUUUGCAGCUAAAGAAACAAUAUUCUUAUGUCUACUGCCACACAAAAUGCUGUGUAUCAUGGAAGUGGAAUUGGGAAUUAAUUAGAAAAAGUGUGUCAUUUUUUUAAUCUUUAGUAUAUAAUAGCUUUGGAUGUCCUGAUGGGAUAAAGAUAAUGAACGACAAGGAAGAUGAAAAUUACCAAGAUUGCAUGCAUUUGUGUUGUACGGCUGUGAACUAGCUGUUUGUGCAUUCAAAGAGGUGAUGUGUACUUAGUACUGUAGUUUGGCUAUGUAUUUUUGUGUCUUAGUGUCUGUUUCUUGUAAUAGAGGAAUCAUUAGCAGAAUAUUUGUUAGUUACAUUACAAAUAGUGUAUUAAAUGUGGCCGAAAUCAACAGUUUUAAUGCUUGCAUGGCACUUGAUAAAACUUGUGAAAAGCCAUUUGGUGUGUGACUGUGUGGCUUUUGUCCUGUUAUUAAUUGCUAUAUCUCUGAACUUUAUG